GGGAGAGAGAUGUGAUGUUCAUGAUCAGUAAUCAUUCUUUGACGAGAGCAAAACCGGAUUCAGUCCCGUGUCCGUGAAACGGGCCGCAGCCUCGCGAACGCCAGCGUAUGUAAAAUCUUCGGCUUUCAUUUCUUUGUAGUUUUUAAUUUAAGAAAAUUAGAUCGCGGGCGGGUCACAGGCACGUCUGUUCAUUGUGAGUCCUCGACGGCAUCGCCGAGUCCGUCGCUCUACCGUGCGACUGGGCUGCUUUUGAAGUAUCGGCCGUGUGUUUGCAUGGUUGGGUGAACCCGCUUUUGCAUGCAAAACGCAUGAAUAAUAUCUCUCACUAAACAAAUCCGUUCCCUUUUUUAAAUAUGAAAUCAUGUCUUUUAUACCCCAUUAUUCUGGCAAACGGACCCUGGAUCGGCACAUCUCGCACGCAGACGACGCCAGCAAAUAAUGGUUGAGCCCAGCCCUCCAGCACUGCACCUCGGGGAUGUCAGCAUGGCUUGCGUUGGCGUAAAAGUGGAACAGGAGGAGGCCGGCGCAGGGGCCGGUGUCAUAACCCACGGCGAGCCGAUCAAGAGGUCUCCCUCGUGCGAUUGGUCGGCACAUCAUCCGCUGGAGGCUCGCCAACUGACCCCGCCGCUCUCCCGCUCGCCUUCGGAGGGCUCUCCGGGUAAGGAGCUGCCUCACAGGCAAAGCCCCAUGGGACUGAGGGAGGCCAGGACGCAUGUCAAACCAGAAGGACAAUCCAACUUCAAAGAAGUAAUGCCCACCAUUGAGAAGCUGCUGAAUGCUGACUGGAAGGAGAAACUUCUGGAUAAAAGCACAGUGGAGGCAGGACGACUGAAAGGUACCCCAGAGGCUCUGGCAGAGAAGGAGCUCCAGUUGCUGAUGAUGAUCAACCAGCUGAGCGGUCUGAGGGAGCAGCUGCUGGGCGCCCACUCUGAGCAGAGGAACAUGGCCGCCCUGCUGCUGGAGAAGCAGCAGCAGCAGAUGGAGCUGGCUCGGCAACAACAGGAACAGAUCGCCAAGCAGCAGCAGCAGCUGAUCCAGCAGCAGCACAAGAUCAACCUGCUUCAGCAGCAGAUCCAGCAGGUGAACAUGCCCUACGUGAUGAUCCCGGCUUUCCACCCCAGCGCCCAGUCCCUCACCAUCAACUCCGACCCCCAGAUGAGCAUGCCGCUGCAGCCGAUCCCCUGCAAGCCAGCCGUGGACUAUCCCAUGCAGAUGCUGCAGAACCCUCACCCCACCCCCGUCAAGAGGAGCAGCGGUUCCUACCGACAGGAAGCCAGUCAGCCCUUGAACCUGACGUCCAAGCCGAAGGGGCUGGAGCUGGGGAAAACCCCAAGUCCGCAGAGCAUGGAGCUGGGAUCGCUGGCGCUGCACGGGGCCUACAGGCCCAGGGAUCUCCAGAGAGAGGUGUCCCACAGCCCGUCAAGAUCCACCCUCACUUUCCUCGGAGACGGCGAUGUGGUCACCCAGGCCAUCCACGACGCCCAGCAGCUCUUGAGGGGCCAUAGCACCGCCGGGCGAGAGAAGGACAGUGGCGGGAAGUUGGAGUAUAAAGAGUCUCCCCGCAGCGAGAGGAUCGGUCACUCAGAGCGGGGCGAGGACCACCUCAGCAGUGACUCCGAGGGUGCCCUGCCCGUCUCGGGCCAAGGCAGCUACGUUGAGGUGCGGCCCCCCCCCUCCACGGGCCACAUCAAGAGACCCAUGAAUGCCUUCAUGGUGUGGGCCAAGGACGAGCGCAGGAGGAUCCUGCAAGCCUUCCCCGACAUGCACAACUCCUCCAUCAGCAAGAUCUUGGGCUCCCGGUGGAAGGGCAUGUCCAACCAGGAGAAGCAGCCCUACUACGAGGAGCAGGCGAGGCUGAGCCGGCAGCAUCUGGAGCGCUACCCGGACUACAAGUACAAGCCCCGGCCCAAGCGGACCUGCAUCGUGGAGGGGCGGAGGCUGCGGGUGGGCGAGUACAAGGCCAUGAUGAAGAACCGCCGGCAGGAGCAGAGGGCCACCUACACGCACAGUCAAACGGAACCCCAGCAGCUCCACUACCCCCACAGCAACGGCCAGUACCCGGGCGGCGCCGGCUCGGUCUCGGUGGCCAACGUGCCCUUCCACCCGGCGAUGCUGGAGCACUACCUGCCGCAGGUGCCCCCCGUGCUGUGUCGGGUGGAGGGCCAGGCCACGCCCACCGCCCCGCCCCGAGAGAGGGAGCGCGAGAGGGAGCGCCCUCCGUACAGCGAAGGAGAGGAGAGCGACGGGGCAGAGAGGAGCGAAGGAGAACUGGUGCUCCUGACAGACUAA